GUCAGAGAGAGAGGGGGAGAGAGAGAGGGGAGGGAAGGAGGGAGAGCAACUGAGAGACCCAGAGGUGCUGAAGACCCAGACAGCGCUCGGAGAGCCACUCAAGAUCUUUUGGGGGAGCCCAACAAAUGUGAACAUGGGGUCUAUCACCGGAGCUGUCCUCAAGAUGCUACUUCUGUUAUCUACUCAAAAUUGGAAAAGGAUCAUAGCUGGGAAUUCCUAUGAUUGUGAUGAGCCUCUGGUGUCUUCCUUGUCUCAGGCAUCAUUCAGCAGUUCAUCUGAACUUUCUAGCAGUCAUGGUGCUGGAUUUGCAAGGCUAAAUCGAAGAGAUGGAGCUGGUGGCUGGUCUCCACUUGUGUCAAACAAAUACCAGUGGUUGCAGAUUGACCUUGGAGAGAGAAUGGAGACCACUGCUGUGGCCACCCAGGGGGGAUAUGGGAGCUCCAACUGGGUGACCAGCUACCUCCUGAUGUUCAGUGACAGUGGCAGGAACUGGAAACAGUAUCGACAAGAAGACAGCAUCUGGGGCUUUCCAGGAAAUGCAAAUGCAGACAGUGUUGUGUACUAUAGACUCCAGCCUUCUAUCAAAGCCCGAUUUCUGCGCUUCAUUCCUUUAGAGUGGAACCCCAGGGGCAGAAUUGGAAUGCGGAUCGAGGUGUUCGGAUGUGCCUACAGUAAGUGUUUGUUUAUCCAACACACUGACAUAGAUUUCAAAGGAGAUGUUUUGAAAGCCAACCUGCAUGCUGAAAUUGACUUUAUGGCUAUAUCUCUUUUAACUGAUUUCGUCUCCCCAGGUGUUGGAUUAAAUGACGGGCAGUGGCAUUCCAUCUCCUUAUCUGCCAAACGGAAUCACCUGAGUCUGGUGGUAGAUGGCCAAGUAGCCUCUGCUGCUUCUUCCCUGGGGCCUGAGCAGAUUUAUUCAGGUGGUACCUAUUAUUUCGGAGGUUGUCCUAACAACAGCUUUGGAUCCAAAUGUAAAAAUCCACUGGGUGGAUUUCAGGGAUGUAUGAGACUCAUUUCUAUCAGUAACAAGGUGGUAGAUCUGAUUUCAGUUCAGCAGGGGUCCCUUGGAAACUUCAGUGACCUUCAGAUAGACUCAUGUGGAAUCACAGACAGGAUAAAAUUGAGGUGGAAGACAUGUGACCAUGUUAUUUAUAUGUACACAUGCUACCAGUUUACAAAAGCUAUCUAUGAGCAGUCAUGUGAAUCCUAUAAGCACAGAGGAAACACUUCAGGGUUUUACUAUAUAGAUUCAGAUGGAAGUGGUCCUCUGGAACCCUUUCUUCUAUAUUGCAAUAUGACUGAAACUGCAUGGACCGUCAUACAGCACAAUGGCUCUGACCUAACAAGAGUCAGAAACACUAACCCAGAGAACCCAUAUGCUGGGUUUUUCGAAUAUGUGGCCAGCAUGGAGCAGCUCCAGGCCACAAUUAACCUUGCGGAGCACUGUGAACAGGAGCUUACCUACUACUGCAAGAAGUCACGACUUGUCAAUAAACAAGAUGGAAGCCCUCUGAGUUGGUGGGUUGGCAGAACCAAUGAAACGCAAACGUACUGGGGAGGUUCUUCGCCCGAUCCUCAAAAAUGUACAUGUGGAUUAGAAGGGAACUGCAUCGAUUCUCAGUAUUACUGCAACUGUGAUGCUGACCGGAAUGAAUGGACCAAUGACACCGGAUUCCUUUCUUAUAAGGAACAUCUGCCGGUGAGGAAGAUAGUGGUUACAGACACGGGCCGACCGCACUCAGAAGCAGCUUAUAAACUGGGACCUCUGCUCUGCCGGGGAGACAGGUCAUUUUGGAAUUCAGCUUCCUUCAAUACUGAGGCUUCAUACCUUCAUUUUCCUACUUUCCAUGGAGAACUUAGUGCAGAUGUGUCUUUCUUUUUUAAGACAACAGCUUCAUCUGGGGUAUUUUUAGAGAACCUGGGGAUUACCGAUUUUAUAAGGAUAGAGCUACGCUCUCCAGCAGUAGUGACCUUUUCAUUUGAUGUGGGGAAUGGGCCUUUUGAAAUCUCGGUGCUGUCACCCACUCAUUUCAACGAUAACCAGUGGCACCACGUCAGGGUGGAAAGGAACAUGAAAGAGGCAUCUCUUCAAGUGGAUCAGCUCUUACCGAAGACACAGCCUGCUCCCACUGAUGGGCACAUCCUUUUACAGCUCAACAGUCAGCUCUUCGUGGGUGGAACGGCCACCAGACAGAGGGGCUUUCUGGGCUGCAUUCGGUCUCUGCAGUUGAACGGAAUGUCCCUGGACCUGGAAGAAAGAGCUAAGGUGACGCCCGGAGUGGAGCCGGGUUGCAGAGGGCACUGCAGCAGCUACGGAAAAUUGUGUCAAAACGGAGGGAAAUGCAGAGAAAAGCUCAGUGGGUUCUCUUGUGACUGCACCCUCUCUGCAUACACAGGGCCGUUCUGCUCCAGGGAGAUUUCUGCAUAUUUUGGAUCUGGCUCAUCUGUGAUUUACAAUUUUCAAGAAAAUUAUUCCCUAAGUAAAAAUUCCAGCUCCCACGCUGCUUCAUUUCAUGGCGAUAUGAAACUGAGCAGAGAAAUGAUCAAAUUUAGCUUUCGAACAACACAAGCACCAAGCUUACUGCUUUAUGUGAGCUCCUUUUAUAAAGAAUACCUUUCAGUUAUCAUUGCCAAAAAUGGAAGUUUGCAGAUCAGGUACAAGCUAAAUAGAUAUCAAGAACCUGAUGUCGUUAACUUUGAUUUCAAAAACAUGGCGGAUGGGCAGCUUCACCACGUAGAGAUUAACAGAGAAGAAGGCGUGGUCUUUGUAGAGAUUGACGAGAAUGCAAAGAGACAAGUCCACCUGUCAUCAGGUACAGAAUUCAGUGCCGUCAGGUCUCUUGUACUGGGCAGGAUUUUAGAACACAGUGAUACAGACCAGGAGACGGCGCUGGCGGGCGCACAGGGCUUCCUGGGCUGUCUCUCUGCCGUGCAGCUCAGCCACGUGGCUCCUCUGAAGGCCGCGCUGCAGCCCAGUCACCUGGCCCCCAUCACCGUCUCGGGACACGUGACAGAGUCCAGCUGUGUGGCCCAGAGUGGUACUGAUGCCACAUCAAGAGAAAGGACACACUCGUUUGCAGAUCAUUCGGGAACAAGAGAUGACAGAGAACCCCUCGCUAAUGCAAUCAGAAGUGACUCUGCAGUGAUUGGAGGUUUGAUAGCUGUUGUGGUCUUUAUCUUGCUGUGCAUCGCUGCUGUAGCCGUUCGCAUUUAUCAGCAGAAAAGGUUAUACAAAAGAAACGAGGCAAAAAGGUCAGAGAACGUAGACAGUGCUGAGGCUGUUUUGAAAAGUGAGCUUAAUGUACAAAGUGCAGUCAAUGAAAAUCAGAAAGAGUACUUCUUCUGAUUGGCGGCUGUGAUUUAACUUGCGAUUCCGGCAGUCUGUUUUAAUAGCCAGGGGCUCUCGAUGGACAAGAAAAGGCUCUUACACUGAAUGUACAGGCAAUGGAUUUUCAGCACUGCCAUCUUGCCAUAUCCAGACUCGAGAUGGCUGCGGGAGGCCUCAUCCGGUGACGUAUUUCCCGUAGCAGUCGUUCUAGAGAACAAGGAAUUCGAUAUUGCUCUUAAUUUCCAGCUGUUCUGAUAGGAUCUAAAAUGGAAGUUUGACUGGCUUGAUGACUACGGUUUUUGAACGUGAAAACUGUAGCCCUGGUCUCUCAACCAGGUGAUACAUCCCUUUUGUUAGAGGGAAAAAAUCAAAAUUGGAUGAUAAUAACUUGCUUUUUUUGAGAACAUGCUCUGUGUUUGCUUUAGUGUCCCUCCAGUGUUAUUCAUAGACCUGGAAAUGCUUCUCAGAUCCUGUUUGGCUGGUGUUUGCAUCUUCAGUGGCCAAAAGUAUAUCAACCCUUUGCCUUUCUCUGUAUUACAUUCAAUACAAUUUAUCAAUAGUCUCAAAAGAUGUUUUGUUGUCGUUGCUUUGAUCGUAUUGCUCUUUUUCUAUUGGACUCUUCUUAAUGAUUUUGAACGCAUUGGGUUUUGAGUGUCAGACUUUAGCUCUGAAUGUAAAAUCCAUAUGUGACAGGACUCAGUGCAUUGGUUGUCAGUGUGUGGUGUCCUACCUUUUAAAUUUCUCAUCAUCUGCUAUCCGUGUUCAGUGGUGGCAGUAGGGAAGACGCUGGAUAAAUGCCAAUUUCCCAAAGAAUGUGAAGUGUUUGCAACUACCAGGCUUGUUGAUAUGAAGAACACAAUUCUUAACAAUGCCAAAAAAAUUAUUUUUAUUUACAACUGUAAUGUCUCAUAUGAAACAUACUUUUGAGAAUACUUUCCCUGAGCCUUAUGCCAGUUUUGGGUUUUUUUCAGGUUUGUACUUCUGUUUUUCUAAAGCUUGUCACCAAAUUUUCUUUGAUCUCCCUUGACUAUAUUCCACGGAGCACAUUCCUGAUGCAUUAAAAAGAAAAAGGGACAAUUUGAGGUAGAGAGCUCCGUUCCCCAUUCUAAAACAUAUACCCCUUCAGGCAUACAUUUUUCCAUGCACUGACCUCCAGGAUAGGCUUUUUGAAAUAGAAACUGCAGUCAUGCCCCCUUUCACCAAAGCCAGUGGAGUAGUUAAAGGAUGCUCACUCUAAGGGGUGAUGGCAUAUUAUCUGAUCUGUGCGAAGUCUGCCAUUCUGUCAUGUCUCAUUUAUGGUGAUGGGGUAAUUUCUUAAAAAGUACCAGAAAUCAAUAUAACCUACUAACUAGUACAUUCUGAUUAGGGUGUGUAUACAUACCAAGAGAUCAGAGAAUUAUCAGUAACCUUAGGAAACUUGUUACAAUAAUGAAUUUUGAGGCAAAGCAAAUAAGAUGCGUGCAUGUAGUUAUCUUGAAAUUUCAUAAGCCAGUUAUAUAAUAAAGGCACUUUGCUAUUUAUGCUCACACAUUCCAGGUGCCUGGCAAGGAAAAAUUGGAUUCCUUCAUUUGUUCACACCAGAACAAUUUGGAAAUACAUAAAUUAAGCAUCAUAUUUUCCUUCUUAACCUCCUUACAAAAGCUGCCUGUCUUUCCCAUAGCUCUAUAACCAUUUUACUGUUUCUGUAAAUGCCUGACUAAAUCUUAGGAUAUGAAUUAACAUAGUAGCUUAUGAAGGAUCUAUGUUGAUAAAUGGCGUACUUUUUUUUUUUUAAUUGAAAGACUUGAAGGAUUGAACACAGAAAUGGUAGUUUUUAUUUGAUGCAAAGCUGAAUACAAGCAUAAUAACGGCUCUGAAUCUGUUGCAAGUGUUCAUGUGAUUUAGUAGCCGCAUUAACCUGCUUGGGGAUGUAGACAGGUUUAUAGAUGGUGAAGCCUCAUGGUUCUGUGUGGUCCGCACUGCUAGAAACUGCAGCAUUAUGGCAUCAAAACGCAUUGAUUCAUCAUAUGUCAUGAUUUUCAUGUCCUGAUUUGUAAUCUAUUCCUUCUUUUUUUCUUAAUAAAAUGCAUUUUUUGAAGUAAAAUGCAGAAUAUAUUUUAAGAGAUGUUGUAUAAAAGUUUAAAAUGAGGGAAUUAUACUGGAUUUUCAUUUUCUUAAAACAGUAAAAAGAUGUGUAGAUGUUCACCUUCUUUACUGGUGGUCUGUGUUUUUUAAGCCUUUUGGUACAUCCCAUGAUUAUUAUGAAUUAUUAACAAAAACUGCAUUUGUCAUGCAUUUUCCUUUUAAGUGGACGCAAAAGUGACAGAAAAAAAUUAGAAAUAUGUUUAUUGA